UUAUGCUCUUUAUUUAUUUAUUUGUUUGGGACAGUUUGGCACAAACAGAGGCAGAGUACGUGACAAUAUUCCUGAGCUUUUGUUCUGAGCUGCCUCAGCCGGGCAGAAACCUGAAAUCCAGCGGGUACCACUGAGAACAUUGGUGCUCCUUGGCCUGGAUCCAGCCGAGUUUCCCUGGGUGGAAUCACCCCUGGGGGUGGUGGCACCACAGGACACCCCUGGUCACCUGUGAAAUCCCUGUCCCCAGGGGCACAGCGAGGGAUCCCCUGCGAGGGACAGAGCGGGUGAGAGCAGGUGAAAGAAGAGUUCUUGGAAAACCACGUCAAGCCCCAGGCUGUCCCAAUGCCAGCCCCCACCCUGCAGCCCGCCCAGCUCCGUGAGUAACCUUCGCUGGGGACCUGCUGUCACUCGGAGUGAGAGCUGUGCUCGCCUCGUGCUGCUGGGUGAGAAAUUCUUCUGGGGGAGGAGGAGGAGGACGGCAGUGACACUCGAAGCCUGCUGGAAUCGCUGGCUGCUCUGGCAGAAAGCCCGCAGGAGCCUUCGGACUGGAAUUCUGCAGAGGGACAGUGCCACUGGAGGAAGUGGCAAAGCCCUCGUAGCAAGAAGAGCCUGAGUGGGAUCAUCUCCAAAAUCCAGUCCUUUCCUUCAGUGUUCCUUUAAGCUUCUGUGUCCUUCACUUCAUCUGGUUUUCCCUCUGGAAAAAAAGCCGGGAGAAGAUGCACUGAGGUGUCACAUCAAGGGAGGGAAGCUCGGAUCCCGCCCUGGUGGCUGCUGCACCCCCAGCGCUGGAGAGGAGCGGAGCCGAGGGAAUUGCUGCCAUUCCCAGCUGCUGCCGUGUCCCCUGGCCGCCCGUGCUCGCCGUCCCCUGGCUGGGCGCUGCUGGAUGGGGAUCUCUGCCGCAGGAGCAGGCUCUGCACUCCCGGGCGGGCGAGCAGCGCUGGCACAGCUCGCUGCUCCAUGCUGCACAGGCCGUGUGGAUAAGCUGCUGCUGGCAGAAGAUCCCUCCUGGAGCAGCUGCUGGCUGUAGGCCCAGCGAGGCAAGGGUCAGCAGAGCCUGUCCUGCGGCAUGGCUUCCGAGCUGGAGCAGCAGGAGCCCCCCCAGGCCAACGGGGCCGUGCCCGGGGGCUGCGCGGCCGGCCCGGAGCGCGCCCAGCCCGCCGAGCCCCUGCGGCCCCAGGGCGGCGGCGUGGAGCUGCUGCUGGAGUCCCGAGCCAACGCCAAGGGCGUGAGGGAGGAGGAUGCCCUGCUGGAAAACGGCAGCCAGAGCAACGAGAGCGAUGACACCAGCACGGAGCGGGGCGCCGAGCCCGCCCCGCCGCUCAAGGAGACCUCCUUCUCCAUCGGGCUGCAGGUGCUCUUCCCCUUCCUGCUGGCCGGGUUCGGCACCGUGGCUGCCGGGAUGGUGCUGGACGUGGUGCAGCACUGGGACGUCUUCAAAUACGUGACUGAGGUUUUUAUCUUGGUUCCUGCUCUGCUGGGCCUGAAGGGGAACCUGGAGAUGACCCUGGCAUCCCGUCUGUCCACAGCUGCUAAUAUUGGCCAGAUGGACACCCCCAAGGAGCUCUGGAAGAUGAUCACAGGGAACAUGGCUCUGAUCCAGGUCCAGGCCACCGUGGUUGGAUUCCUGGCCUCGAUUGCAGCCGUGGUGUUCGGGUGGAUCCCUGACGGGCACUUCAGCCUGGAGCACGCGGUGCUGCUGUGUGCCAGCAGCGUGGCCACUGCCUUCAUCGCCUCCCUGGUGCUGGGCAUGAUUAUGAUUGGGGUGAUCAUUGGCUCCAGGAGGAUGGGGAUCAACCCUGACAACGUGGCCACGCCGAUCGCCGCCAGCCUGGGCGACCUCAUCACGCUGGCUCUGCUCUCUGGGAUCAGCUGGGGCUUGUACAAGGAGCUGGAGAGCAAAGCCUACGUGAACCCCUUGGUGUGUGCCUUCUUCAUCUCCCUGCUGCCCCUCUGGAUCGUGGUGGCCAAGAGGAACUCGGCCACCAGGGAGGUGCUGUACUCGGGCUGGGAGCCCGUCAUCAUCGCCAUGGCCAUCAGCAGCGUUGGGGGGCUGAUCCUGGACAGGACGGUGUCGGAUCCCAACUUUGCUGGCAUGGCAGUUUUCACACCUGUCAUCAAUGGUGUGGGAGGCAACCUGGUGGCAGUGCAGGCCAGCCGCAUCUCCACCUACCUGCACAUGAGUGGGGAGCCUGGAGAGAGCCCUGGCACGGCCCCCAGGAGGUGCCCCAGCCCCUGCAGCACCUUCUUCAGCCCAGACGUGAACUCCCGCUCUGCCCGCGUGCUCUUCCUCCUGGUGGUGCCCGGGCACCUGGUUUUCCUCUACACCAUCAGCUCCAUGCAGGGGGGCCACACCACGCUCACCCUCAUCUUCAUCCUGUUCUACAUGACAGCAGCACUGCUCCAGGUGCUGAUCCUGCUCUACAUUGCUGACUGGAUGGUGCACUGGAUGUGGGGCAGGCACCUGGACCCUGACAACUUCUCCAUCCCCUACCUGACAGCCCUGGGGGACCUGAUUGGGACAGGGCUGCUGGCCCUCAGCUUCCACGUGCUCUGGCUCAUCGGGGACCGGGACUCUGAUGUUGGGGAUUAAAUCCCUCUCUGCUCCCUUCCCACGGCUCUCCCCUUCCAUUUGUUGUUUCUUUGCUUCCCCCUCCUCCCACCCCCUAGAGACUUCACCUUUGAUAUCAGAUUCUCAUUAUUUUCAAUGGGAAUUUUACGUGGUUUCUACUUCAAGCCAAGUUUGUACAGAAAGCCUAUCUAGUUUUAGGGAGGACAAACAAACAAACAGAAGUGUAACCAGACAAUCACUAAGUGCAAUUUUCGUAGCAGUUGUGUCUGAACCAAGGUUCCAUGAAGCUCCUGCUCAGCCAGGUCGUGCAGGGCCCCCCCUGCCCACCCCCCCCAGGUGUGGAGCUGCUUUUUUCGCUUCAUAAGCGUUUUAAACCCUCAGCUGGAGCUCAGCCCUGCUGAGCUGGCACCUCCAGCAGAGCCAGCCCUGCCUGGGCUCUGGAGCUCUCAUCGGGGAGGGGGUGAGGAGGGAGAUGAGGAAGGCUCCUGUGCCCCCCAGGAGUGGCAGUGAGCUCAUUCUGAGAUCCCCAGCCCUGGCUGGGCUCUGCUGUACCUCCCAGGCUGCUGCUGCCCUGCUGAGCUGGGCUCAGCUGCUCUGAGCCCCACCAGAGGGGCUGGGGACCCUCCCCUGCAGGAUCUGCUGGAGCUCCUGGUGCUGCUCCAUUUCCCUGGCUCCCCUCAGUGCAGCUGAGGGCUGGAAGGACAAACAGCUCCUGGUCUGUGUGUCCAGGUUUGCUUUUGGCUGCUGAGGGGCCCCUUGCAGCCCCCAGUGCUGAGCUGGGGAGGAGCAUUUUGCUCUGUCUGUUAGGGAUGGAUGUCCAUGGAUCCAGGGGAUUUCUCUCUCUGUGUAGCUGGGAAACAGCUGGAAAUGCAGGCACAGCUGGAUUGGUGCAGCUCUGGGGAACAGGAGCCCCCCUGGCCCUGUGCAAAGUCUGGGGUUGGGGUUCAGCCCAGCUGGGGGUGCAGGGUUCCUGCUCUGCUGCUUCCCCUCCUGCUUUCUGUGCUGCUCCCAUCAGGGCUGGCUGGGAUUCCCUCCCUUCCCCAUGGAAGGGCAGCAAAAGCCCAGAGCUGGAGCACCCAGGUGGGCAAAUCAAGACCAAAGUCAGUCCAGGAUCCUUGUCCCAGCCCAGGAGCUGGUGCAGAGCUGGCCCUGCUGCAAGAGGGGUCAGGAUUAUGGAAUUCUGGAGAGCCACAGGAGCCCAGCCUGGCUCUUGGCUGCUCCCUGGAGCUGUGGGAGCCCUUCCUGCUGCUGCUGGGGUGCAGAGGCAGGUGAGCUCAGGCUGCUCCUCCCCAGCCCCUCAGAGGAGCAGGGUUGUAUUUCUGAGAUGAUUUUCCCCUUUUUUCCCUUGCUAAUCCAACAUCAGGCUCAGUCCCCCUCCUCUCUCUGCUCCCUGGGAGCAGCUCUGAUCCUGCUCCUCCCCCUGUGACAUUUCACAGAUCUGCUUUGGCCAAAGCUGUGCUCCAAAAACCCAACACACAGCAAACCCUGUCCCUGUGUGCUCACCCCUCAGCCCAGGGACUCCUGGAAUAUUUCCUGGAGUAUUUUAUUUUCUGGAAUAUUUUCUGGAAUAUUCUCAGCUGCUCACUUGGUUUCUCUGCCUGAUGUUGAAGAAUAAAUGCACGACUUGCUUCCAUUAGCACUUCAGCUUUUAUGGAUGCACAGAGAAACUCUGCUGGCCUUUCACAUCACCACUGAAUUCCCCAGGAAAAGAUUCCCUAGAGGAGGAAUCUGCCUCUCCUGGUUGGGGGUGGGGGGUCUGUACAUUAAAUAUGGUCAGAGGUGUGCUUGGGGAAUGGUCAGGGAAGAAUCUAAUUUAAAAUUGAGGAAUAGUGAUGGAAAAAAAAAACCAAACAAAUCUCUUCCCACUGGUUGCACUCCAAUGCAUGCCUACUCUCUACAGCUGCCUGCAGAUGAAAAUCCUGGUUUACUCUUUUAUUAAAGGAAAAAGACUGUCUUAAUUAUUUAUAGUUCCUAUAACUGACAGAUGUUGACUUAAUGGAUAAAUUAUAUUUGGUUAAAUAAAGAUGACAUUUAUUUAUGUGGA